AUGGAGAAUACGGAGAAAGUAGCUGUACUACGUUCCCUAACAAGACACCAACGCAUCCACACUGGAGAAAGACCAUAUGAGUGUGACCAGUGUGGAAAGAGUUUCACCCAGAGGAAUGUGCUUAAAGAUCACCAACGCAUCCACACUGGAGAAAAACCAUAUGAGUGUGACCAGUGUGGAAAGGCUUUCACAAGAACAAGUGACCUAAAAAUCCACCAACGCACCCACACUGGAGAAAAACCAUAUGGAUGUGAUCAGUGUGGAAAUGCUUUCACCAGAGCAAGUGUCCUAAAAAUCCACCAACGCAUCCACACUGGAGACAGACCAUAUGUGUGUUACCAAUGUGGAAAUGCUUUCACCACAGUAAUAGACCUAAAAGUCCACCAACGCAGCCACACUGGAGAAAGACCAUAUGAGUGUGACCAGUGUGGAAAUGCUUUCACCACAGUUGGGCACCUAAAAGUCCACCAACGCAUCCACACAGGAGAAAGACCAUAUGAGUGUAACCAGUGUGGAAAUGCUUUCACCAGAGCUGAUAGCCUAAAAUUGCACCAACGCAUCCACACUGGAGAAAGACCAUAUGAGUGUGACCAGUGUGGAAAUGCUUUCACCACAUCAAGUAACCUAAAAAGACACCAACGUCUCCACACUGGAGAAAAACCAUAUGAGUGUGACCAAUGUGGAAAUGCUUUCACCACAGCAAGAAACUUAAAAAUUCACCAACGCAUCCAUACUGGAGGAAGACCAUAUGGCUGUGACCAGUGUGGGAAGUUUUUCACCAAAGCUAAUCACCUAAAAAUCCACCAACGGACUCACACUGGAGAGAGACCCUACCAGUGCAGAUUCUAUGACAGAUCUUUUGUCACAGGUUCAAAAUGUACGAAACAUGAACAUGUCAAGACACAAGAAAAAAACUGAACAGUUGUACAAAAAGUAAGACAUUGGACCCUAGUGGAAAGAGUCAGUGUCAUAACACACCUAAACAGUUUGAAUGUUUCCAAUGCGAUGGAAGAUUCUCGUCAUCCUCUGCCCUCUGCUGUCAUUAGUGCAGAUGUGAAUCAUCAACGUCUGGACCAAAAUGUCCCUCAGCAUCAGAUGACAAGAAGAAACACAGUAUGUGUGAACCAGCAGCACCCACUUCUGACAAGAACAUCAGACUUAAAAACCUCCAGAUCAGACUUUACAUAAUCCAGAUGUGAAGACAAACAUCAGACUGAAGGCUGUGUUUUGUUUUUCUCAGAGUACAGAAGUGUGUUCUAAUGCACCACCUUCACAAAACAGUGACGUUACUGAACCUCAACCUGCCACGAGGUGAAAAGUUCAACUAGUGGAGGUCAAAAAGGACCUGGUUUCUAUGGCGAUACUACUUCUCACUGACUCUGUGGACUUUAAUCCUUGUUAAACCUUGUUGUUGUGAUUCUGUUGCUGGUUGGGGUUCACACAGUUGGAUUUACAUCAGUUAGAAACAACAUGAUGAACAUGAUAUAACUGAGACAGAAUGACUGAUGAGCUGGUAGUGGUUUAGUCCCAAACUGAGGCCGACAACAUGAAGGAGAUCACAUUCCUUUGGAGGAGGAAGUCUGUUUAGCAGAAAGUUCACCACCACCAAUGGAGACAUCACAACUAGUCAGUGCUCCAUCUAGUGGUCCAAUCUGGUACUGGUCUGGUCCAGUGUUAACUUUAAUAUCAAACUGGAUUCAACUUUUUUCCGCUGGUCUAACCCUGACCUGCAGAAUGUGUUUGAUUUGAUUGAAAAUGCUGAACUACUGAUGACCGUGGUAUAGUGGAACCACUUUAUGUAUCAGAAAUAUUACAAAUAUUUUGUUGUACUAUGUUGUAUUUUUUCAAUUUGUUUUAUUCUAAUUAUAAAGUGGAUUUGUAACACAAGAGAAUAUUAAUAUGGUGUAUUUUCUUUGUGAGUGUGGUGAUAAAUGUGACUGCAAUAAAGCUGAUGGAAUCAGUCCAAAGGAGACAAACCGACUCAAACAGGAAACAUGUGACUGUGGUCUGUCAGACUCAGUGGAGUCUAAUGCUGCUGAAAAACCACACAGAAAGGCCUGACAUGGCCAAAGCCUGACACCACAGAAGAAGAAGGAGUCAGUAGUGAAUGUGUGGAGGGCUCAUUCCACUCCUCUAGUGGCUCAGAUGGAUGAGGAACUGCU